GCAGACGUCGAGCAUGCACGUCUCUACCCGGUCACUGAGGAGAUCUGUGUAAAUACUCCCAGCUCGCUGCGAGCCGCACGGCGUCACCAUGGAGGCCGUCAAAUCCUUCAACAAUGAGCUGUAUUCGCUCAACGAGUACAAGCCGCCCAUCUCCAAGGCCAAGAUGACUCAGAUCACCAAGUCUGGAAUCAAAGCUAUAAAAUUCUACAAACACGUUGUCCAGAGUGUAGAAAAGUUCGUACAAAAGUGCAAACCAGAAUACAAGGUUCCGGGGCUGUACGUCAUCGACUCCAUCGUCAGGCAGUCACGACACCAGUUUGGCACGGAGAAGGAUGUUUUUGCCCCACGCUUCAGCAAGAAUAUCAUCCCUACGUUCCAGCACCUCUACCGCUGCCCUUCAGAUGAUAAGAGUAAAAUUGUGCGAGUGCUCAACCUUUGGCAAAAGAAUGCUGUCUUCAAGAGUGACAUCAUCCAGCCUCUAUUGGACAUGGCAGCAGGGAUUGCUCCGCCGAGUGUCACCCCUGUCAUGUCGAGCAGCGCUGCCGCGGUCAAUAACACUACACCUGGCACCCCAGCUACCCCGGCAACCCCAGCCAACUUAGUCCAGGGUCUGCCAGACUGGGCCUCUCAGAUCAACAACACAGACACUGUGGCUGCUGUGGCACAGAUCCUACAGAGUCCCCAGGGACAACAGCUGCAGCAGUUGGUGCAGAGUCUGCAGAUGCAGCAACAGAAACCCCAGCCGUCCCUGCUGCAGGCCUUGGACGCCGGCCUCGUGGUGCAGUUGCAAGCUCUGACUGCACAACUCACUGCGGCGGCUACUGCCAACAGCCUCAACCCCCUGGAGCAGAGGGUCUCCUCCUUUAAUAAAAAACUUUUGGGUCCAUUUGACUUUGGGAAUGAUUCUGAGCGUGGCGAGGAAUCUAAAAAGGACUCCUCAUCAUCUCAACUACCUAUGGUGUCCGAGCCGAUGAACAGCUCCCUCUUUCACCAGUUGGCGGAGCAACUGCAACAACAGAACCUGGAGCAGUUUCAAAAGCAGCUUAUGGAGCACCAGCAGAAGGCCAUGAACAUAGAAGGGCAGGAUUCAAUAUUUGGGCAGGAGAACUCUGCUGGGACUGCUCAAAGCAACAGCCAGCAACAGCUUCCUGAUUCCGAGAACAAGAUGGACGACUCCAUGGACAACCAGCAGCAGGACAUGGACAUGGACCUUGACGAGGGCCCAGAUGGAAUGGAGGAGGAGAGCUUUGAUGCGGAGGAGAAGAAAGCUGUAACACGCUCCAGAACACGCUCAAGGUCACGCUCUAGGUCUCCCAAGAGGAGGCGAUCUAGGUCCCGUUCUGGCUCACGGAAACGUAAGCACCGCAAGCGCUCACGCUCACGCUCCAGAGACCGCAAGAGGAAGUCAUCACGUUCUUACUCGAGCGAGAGACGCGCCCGGGAACGAGAGAAGGAGCGGCAGAAGAAAGGACUGCCUCCCAUACGUUCCAAGACACUAAGUGUUUGCAGCACGACUCUGUGGGUGGGCCAGGUGGACAAAAAGGCCACUCAGCAAGACCUCACCAAUCUGUUUGAAGAAUUUGGCCAGAUUGAGUCUAUAAAUAUGAUCCCUCCCAGAGGCUGUGCCUACAUAUGUAUGGUCCACAGACAGGACGCAUUCCGCGCCCGCCAGAAGCUCAGCACCGGCUCCUUUAAGAUCGGCUCCAAGGUCAUCAAGAUUGCGUGGGCUCUGAACAAAGGGGUAAAGCAGGAGUACAAGCAGUUUUGGGACGUUGAUCUGGGGGUCACCUACAUACCCUGGGAGAAGGUGAAGCUGGAUGAUCUAGACGACUUUGCUGAAGGAGGAAUCAUUGACCAGGAGACCGUCAAUGAUGAGUGGGAAACAGCAAAGAAUGCUGAGCCAGUGAAGGAAGUUACGAGUCAGCAAGUGGUCGCCGAGACGACACCUGUAUCGAACUCUCAGGCUGAGUCAUACAACUCUCAGGCCGAGGCAUACAACUCUCAGGCUGAGGCAUACAACCAGCAGGUCACCAUGAUGCCAGUACAGCUGCCAGUUCCCCAGGCGGUUCCCAGUCCCGUGAGUUUGGUACCCCCCAGCUUCCCUAUGGGUAUACCCCCUCCUGGCUAUGGGCCUCCACCACCCUUCUUACGAGCUGGCUUUAAUGCUGCACAGCCUCCGCCAGGUUUUAUGCAGGCAGCACAGACCACAGGCAUGGCCUCAGCUACUUCCUCUCUAGGGCAGCCUUCAGUGGCCACCGGCCAAGAUGCUGUCAAGGAUUCUCUGUUCGGCGCCAUGAUCCCUCAGACCAGCUCCCUUCCCGGCAGCUUCAUGCCCUCAGCCCUCCCUGGAGUCGGUCUGUACAAUCCAUUGGGAGCCCAAACUCAAGUCACCCAUGAGAAAACGUCUCACUCUUCAGAGGGAUUGGAUGCAGCUGCAGAGCUCACACUUCAAGGCAUGCAGAAUGCAGUCCGGAGUGGGAUGGGUCUCCUUGGCAUGCACCCUUCAGCUUCCCUCACACACCAGCUGCAUCAGUCUGGUCUCGCUGGGCAGAGAAUGCCCGGCCUGUUGCCUCUAGAUGUGCGACCCAACCUCCUCCAGCCGGGGGUGGCAGCCCGCUUCCCACUCCUCCUGCAGCACGGCCCCACCCAGCAAGCCAUGGGCCUCCUCGAAAGUUCUCUCCAGGCUCAGGCUCGUGCCAGGGCUCCUUUCUCUCAGCUGGACCCCUUCAACAGGGCCUCAAAUCUUGUCAAUGAAAAUAUAUCCAAGUCGGAAGACAAGUCUUCCUCUAAUGCUGAUGAGGGCAAAGACCAGGACUAUCGCUUCCCCCCUAUGGAAAAGCCAAGCACGGGCCUGCUGAGGACCCCUCCACCAGACCAUAGGGAGACCCCCGGAGGUGGAGCAGGAGGCGGAGCAGCAGGCGGAGCAGCAGGCAGACCUCCUUUGCUCCAGACCCCGGGGACUCAGCCCGCCAGAAGCAGCCUCCUGGGACGACUGCAGGCUCUCGCAGGCUUCACUCCUGAUAACCGCUGGAACCAGGCCAGAGGGGACUUUGAUGAACGAGAUGGGAUGCGAGGAGCCCCACAGGCCGCUGGUGGUCCGAAAGGCUUCCAGGAGGAGCGGCCCACACCUGGACAAAGUUUCCCGAGCCGCUUUGACAGCCGUCCUGGGGCAGCAGGAGGGGCUGCGGCUCCUGCAAAUGCUAGUGCUGCUGGUGGGCCACAGGCCUGGAACCGAAGUGGAAGCACUACAGCACCUUUUGAUAGCGAAUCACACCAAGACUUAGACGACCGAAGACGCCAGUGGGACAGGCAAAGAGACAGAGACGAAAGAGAUUUUGAUUUCAGGAGGGAGAUGAAUGGUUACCGCAACGGCCAAAGCCGAGAGAGAGAACGGGACAGGGACAAUAAUAGGGACAGGGACAGCAACAGUAACAGGGAGAGUAACAGGGACAGUAACAGUAACAGGGAGAGUAACAGGGACAGUAACAGAGACAGGGACAGUAACAGGGAGAGGGACAGUAACAGUAACAGUAACAGGGAGAGGGAGAGGGAGCGUGACAAAGAGAAAGACCGUGAGAAUCAACGUGAGCGUGAACGUGGGGGCUGGACACCUCUCCUUCCUCUUCCUACCCCUCUGCUUCCCACUCCAUCUCUUAAUCCCAACCUGACCUUGAACCAAGGUAAACUACUGGCACCACUCAAGUUAAACCCCCAGCUCCAGCAACGAUUCCAGUCUCCGCUCCUGCCUCAAGCUCAGGGCAAACCCCCCCUCAUGGGUCUGAGCCAGCCGCUCCCCCAGGUUCAGAUCAAGACUCCCCCUCCGUCACAGAGCCAGGCAGACACCCCCGAGGGCCAGUCAGAAACACCAGCUUCGUCUGAGUCACCUCAGACGCAGUCGCCGCCCUCAGCCCAAUCACCACAACCAUCACCUGAUGAUAAUAUAGGUCAGAGCCCCUUGACCGACGCUCCCAUUCAGGCCAAGUCACCACCACAGUCCGAGACCCCCCCACUGUCAGAAUCCGAAUCUGAAUCACUAUCCCACACCACAGCCCAGUCCCCCUCCAAGACCACUGCUUCUCCAGAAAUCGAGAGUCCAAACCAAGCCCUGCCUGUGGUGGAGGCAUCACCCCAGUGCUCACCUGUGGCCUUCACACAAGCUCUCAGCCCCCCCGAAGAGCCCACCCACUCUGUGGAGGAGCAGGAAAGCCCACAGAAGAGUGAGGAGGAAGAGGAGGAGGAGCAGGUGGAGCAGGAGGAAGAGUCACAAGACAGUGCCUCCCCAAGUCAACCCCAGUGGGUCAACGGACCUGGGAUGGACACUAUGGACGUGGCUGAGCCCACCCCCGAGGGCUCUCCUGAGCCCCCCUCAGAGCCCGCCUCUGAGUCUGUGCACUCUGAAAGUGAAGCGGAGCAGCUUGCCUCUCCGAAGGACGUAGACAAUGAACAGAGUGAGCCCAUGGAGGAAGCUGCGAGUCAGCCAGUGGUAGACACUGUCACAGACACUGAGGGGACAUAAUCAUCACUCAGUAGGUAAAAGAUCAUUUUGUAAAGUUGUCUCUUCUUCUCUGUACUCAUGUCAGCAAACCACCCCCACCACACGGGACAUGACGAAUACUGACUGAUAACUAAUGAUUUUAUCUCUCACAAAUACCAGUGUACUUAAAUAGAAGGCUCGUUAGCUGUUUUAUUGAUAGACAUUUUCUUUGUAUUUUAUUUCCGGUUAUUUUUUAAGUUGUAAUGCCACCCCACCACAUUUUAAUCAGUUUAAUCAGAUUUUACUGGAUAUUAUCAAAAUGCCUGCCAAAAUGUUUUAAUUGUAUAUGGGGAAAAAAUAAGCUUUGACCUUCCUAUGGAAGAGAGUAAGACAUCCUGGCUGUUCAACAACGGAUUGAAAACAGUUCAACACAACACUUGAACGUGGCAGUUGCUGGCCCUGUUUCUGUCUCCUUAUUUUAAAAAUGCUGCUGCAAAGUUUUCAGUGAAUGCUUUUGUGGUGUCCUUCAACGCUUUCUGUUUCCGAGCAGAACAAAUAGCCUCCGUGCAGUGAGACCAGUACAGCUGCCCAUAAUUGGGAAAUAAAUAUGAACAUUUAAAUAUGAAAUCAUGAAAAUGUUGUAUCCCCAGAAUAAAUGUCUGCCAUUUGUUUCUAACUAUCUCAUAAACACAAACAAAAUGAUAUGCCAGGGGGGAGAAAAAGAAAAUGAACAGAGGGAUUGUUCUCAUGUCAGGUGCAUAUUGUUUUAGUUUGAAAUAAACAUGCUUUGUCUGUUCUAAAACACAUGCUUUAGGACUGUUUUUUGACCCAGGACCAGUGGAAAGUAGGACAGAUUGGUACACAUUGUGUGCUGUCACUGCAGUUGAUUUGACGUUCUCGCAACUCAAGUUGCUGCUGAACCAUCCAUCCACAGAGCACUUUGUUGGAUGCAACCGUGGGACGUGUAGUUUUUUUAGUUUUCGGAUUACAUCAGCCUGUAUGUGUCCUCCUAAGCUUUUGCUGGGUGACUGUUGAGGAUGGGAUUGUGCCUUUUUUUGAAUGGAUUUUGUGGUUCAUGAUGCGACCCCAACACUACUGUGUGACGUACACCAGACAGCGUACGACUCAGUUUCAGACAGCUCUGUGAACAGAGCUCUCUGCACAGAAUUGACUGUCCUACCGUUUGAAUGGUAGCUGGGCAGUUUGUACAGCACUCACCUAGAGGAGGACGAUAUAUAUACUCCCAUUGUUCCUGUGCAUGCAGGCCUGUAGCCAUGUUUUAACCUUCUUGUCUCUUGUUCAUUUCAUAAUUGUAGUUAUUUUUCUGUUGAGACAUACUACUAGAAACCCAUAGUCUGCUGUUCUCUCAGACCAAAUGUCUACAGGAGUUGUGAUGUUGAAUAAAAGUUGAAGGUGCAUCAUA